UGAAAUUUCAAUUGCUCCCAGAUCAUAACCCAUCAUAACCCACAGAGAAGGAAAAUGCAGCGAUAGCAGCACUGUACAUAAUGGCUAAACAGGAGCAGAGGAAGACGCAGAAAGCUAUUGGAAAGCCACAGGCGCCAGUCAAGAACCGGGAUCAGUAUCUCCGCGCGUCGUUCCUGUACCAAGCCGCGGUCUUGAUGGCCUCGAGCGCGGACGCCAAUCCAGAGGUGUCGACGAAAGCGACUGCUGCUACUGCGCCGCUUAGUCGACUUUAUGCGAGCCAGAUGCGCGCCGUGGCUCAGAAGAGUGUGCUAAAAUUAGAUCCGAGUAUCAAGCGCACAAUAUGCAAACGCUGCGAUUCAGUGCUGAUACCGGGAAGUACACUUAGCGUUCAUGUGGAGAAUCUGUCUAAAAAGGCAGUGCCUCAUGCUGAUGUCUUGGUUCAUACAUGCAAGGUGUGCGGAGGGCAGAAGAGAUACCCGGUCGGCCAGAACCGCGAACACGUCCUCUUUACAGAUCGCGAAGAUAUAGUCAGCAAGUCGUCAUGA